AUGCCGGCCAAGUCCCGCUUCACAAGGCUUGAUGCCUUCACCAAGACCGUGGAGGAUGCCCGCAUCCGCACCACCUCGGGCGGCAUCGUCACUAUCGUCUCGCUGAUCGUCGUGCUCUACCUGGCCUGGGGCGAGUGGAUUGACUACCGGCGCAUCGUCGUCCACCCGGAGCUGGUUGUCGACAAGGGCCGUGGCGAGCGCAUGGAGAUCCACCUCAACAUCACCUUCCCAAAGAUCCCUUGCGAGCUGCUGACGCUCGACGUCAUGGAUGUGUCAGGCGAACAGCAGCACGGCGUCCAGCAUGGCGUGCGCAUGGUCCGCCUCAAGCCGCAGCACGAGGGUGGCGCCGAGAUCGACGCCAAGGACCUCAACCUGCACGCCGCCGACGAGGUGGCGUCGCACCUGGACCCGAACUACUGCGGCCCCUGUUACGGUGCUCAGGCGCCUGCGCACGCCGCCAAGCCGGGCUGCUGCAACACGUGUGACGAGGUGCGCGAGGCGUACGCCGCCUCCUCGUGGGCGUUUGGCCGCGGCGAGAACGUCGAGCAGUGCGAGCGCGAGCACUUUGCCGAGCGCCUCGACGAGCAGCGCCACGAGGGCUGCCGCAUCGAGGGCUCCCUGCGCGUGAACAAGGUCGUCGGCAACUUCCACAUUGCGCCCGGCCGCAGCUUCAGCAACGGCAACAUGCACGUGCACGACCUCAAGAACUACUGGGACAUGCCGGUGCCGCAGAUGCACUCGUUCACGCACACUGUCCACGCGCUGCGCUUCGGUCCGCAGAUCCCCGAGGCCAUUGUCAAGAAGCUGGGCGGCGGCAACGGCGGCAAGUCGUCGUCGACCAAUGCGCUGCCGUGGACCAACCACCACGUCAACCCACUCGACGGCGUGGUCCAGGAGACCACGGACCCCAACUUCAACUACAUGUACUUUGUCAAGAUCGUGCCGACGUCGUACCUGGCGCUGGGCUGGGAAAAGACGUUCCGAGGAUACAUGCACGACGACCGGUCCACCGACUCGGACGUUGGCUCCUACGGCGUGCUGGCCGACGGCAGCGUUGAGACGCAUCAGUACUCGGUGACGAGCCACAAGCGGAGCCUGCAGGGCGGCGACGAUGCGGCCGAGGGCCACAAGGAGCGCAUGCACGCCCGAGGUGGCAUUCCCGGCGUAUUCUUUAGCUAUGAUAUCUCGCCGAUGAAGGUUGUCAACCGUGAGGAGCGGGCCAAGACUUUUGCGGGCUUCCUGGCCGGCCUGUGUGCCAUUAUCGGCGGAACGCUCACUGUCGCUGCCGCGGUGGAUCGGACUGUCUUUGAGGGUGCGACUCGGCUGAAGAAACUGCGGUCUAAGGACUUGUAG